CCGCGGCGCGAAGGCACGCGAGAGCGCAGUCGAACGCGCCGCCUCACAGGCCCCAGAGGAACUCUCUCGUGCUUCGGAGGUCUUCCGCCGGGCAAAGGUCAGGAGGGGGAGCGGUCCCGGGAGCGGAGCGGAUCUCCCUCGCGUCCCAGCAAGAAAACCAGGAAAAAGGAAACGCGGCGUGGCCAGUCCGCGGCGUCAUCGGGGGUGAGGCGCCGGUGAGGCGAAGGCGAAGUGAUGCCGGCCGCGCCGAUCGUGCUCGUGCAGCUCUGGCUGGCGAAGAAGAUCGCGGUGCUGCUCGCGGUGCGGGUGUACGGCCUGAAGAAGCUGUACCGCGGGGGUAUGCGGCUGAACAACAGGUACGUCACGGACCCGACCAUGAACAGGCGCGUUCACAGCGUGCUCCACAAGGUUGCCGCGGGUGCGAUGAUGAUGAGCGAGUCGAUCGAGGGGCCCGCGCGGAGGUACAUGAACAAGAUCGUGUUCGGCACCUCGGAGAUGCCCAAGGCGGGUCCUAAGACCUGACCCCUCGACCCUGUACUAGUAGACCCUGGAUCGCCCGAUCAGUUUAUUUUUUAAAGGCUUUGUAGAGAGAGUUU